AUGUCCGCCUUGCAGAGUCAAGGAUUGCAAACGUAUGAUGUUGUGUUUCCGAUCAUUCGACAUUCUGAGGUUCGAAAACUUCGCGAGCUUGGCGCGGGCACUUUUGGAAAAGUUUAUCAAGGUUUCUCGCAUGCAGUAGGAAAUGUAGCGAUCAAGGUUUGCGGGAUGGAGGAUCAGAAGAAGCUCGUCCAGGAAGUGAUUCGCACGCUUCGCUAUGGAGCAGCUCAUCCAAAUAUUGUCAAGGUUUUUGGGUACUUCGAUGACCCGCGUUACGGUCUCUCGUUGGUGCUCGAGUACAUGUCCGGUGGAUCGCUGCAAGAUGUUGCCUGCAAGCGGAAGGAUUUGAUCUAUUAUGUAGAUCAUAUUGUCAGUUGGAUGUAUCAAGUAACGAGUGCAGUGGCUCACAUGCACAAAUGCAACGUUUUGCACAGGGAUUUAAAGCCGGAUAACAUUCUAAUGAACGAAUUGUACACAACCGUGAAAAUCUGUGACCUCGGCGAGUCACGAGUUUUGGCCUCAAAUGGUGAAGAUAUGACAACAAGAGUCGGCAGUUAUCUCUUUAUGGCGCCAGAGGUAAUGACAAGCCAUCAAUACGAUAGUCGUGUCGAUGUGUUCAGCUUGGGAAUGGUGUUCUGGAUGAUGUUUGCGAGAAGAUUGCCGACUUUCAUCCAAAAAUACAAGACUCCGGUGGCAUUCAUUGUUGGGAUUCAAAAUGGAGAACGACCAUCAGAAUUGCCAAUUCUGAAAGUAUUCAAUGAUCUCAUUCAAACAUGUAUGGCUGGGAAUCCGGAGGAUCGCUUGCAUUCGGACAAGCUGCGAGAUUUCUGCGUCGAGCUCAUUGAGAAAUUCCCUCACGGUCAGCAUUUCUUGAUCACGAUGCCGGAAAGUGAUCGACUCUAUGAACCGAUAAAUGUUAGGGGUGAUGUGUACGAUUCAAUGACAGCACUUAUCGAUAAUCCCCUUCAAACGGUGGCUCCGACAAAAUAUAUUGGACCACCAUUACAACCUGAUCCACUUCCCCAUUUGAGACCAAUCGAAGUCACUCCAUCGCCAUCACCCAUCCAUUCACAUCGUAAUCCUUCUCCCCAACCGCCAACUGAAAAGCAAGUCCCGAUCGAGCCGAUUGAGAAAAUGAUCGACGAGAAAUUGGAGCCAUUUCGUACGCUUCUCGAAACAGGAGCUGUCACUAAAACAGUGGUUUUAACGACGACAGAGGAUGGACAUUACAAUCCAUAUCCAUCAACUUUAACAGAAAUAAGCGAUGUGGGGAAAUUGGAGCAAACAUUGAUCGCCUCGAGACAGGAAACACUUGGGGAAUUGAAGGAUGUGAAAGAAUACCCGGAAAUUCACCCAGAGCCCCCCGUUCGAACAGUUCAUUUUACCUUGCAGAAUCUGACGGUACGCGAAGAAGAAAAAGUGAAGGCACCCGAGCCGGAUAUCGUCUCAAAUGUUCAAAUACUUUCACCAAGUGGGGACAUUCUCAAAACGGCCCAAAAUUGGUAUGUGAAAUCGACGAAAAUCGAGAUGAACCACGUGCAACGGAUGAAAGAACGUUACAUGCAAGCAGCUGGAAUCAAAGAAGAAGAUGAA